AACAAAUGAGAAGAAUAUUCACGGCAGAGAGAAGUACCAGAAAUCUCAAAAGUCAACGGUAACAAGAAACCAGCGACGAGUUGAUCAUGAUGAUCACAAUUACGCAUUGAAGCGUACAAACAGUUAUGGAUUGCACGAAUUGCGCAAAGCGCAAGUUAAAAAUUUAAACAAAAGAAGACGGGUGAUAAAAGAUCCCCAAACUCAUGUGAGAAGCAAACGUCAAUAUAAAUAUGACGAGAAUACAUUUCCAAAAGAGGAAAUUGCCAUGAAACACAGUACUCGUAGAAAACGUAGUUUAUCAAUGCAAAGACACGAUAGAGAGUAUUGUAACGCAGAAUUAUGCGUAAUGAAUCAAGAAUACGAAGAUUCGAGAAAAUUGAUAAGAUACGAUAAAAGUAACCGUUCGCAAGUCGCGAAGCGUGAUACGCGUCAAAUAGAAAACGCCCAUAAUCAAUGUCAAGAUUAUAGAAAACGAGAUUAUAGAAGAUUUAAAAGAUUAAACAUUCCUCGUGGUACAACCUACACGAUUGAAAGAGGAACUUGUAUAAUGGAUAACGUAGCGCAAAUUAUUCAACAGGAAAGUGUGAGAAAAGGUAAAGGCCAAAGAAGAAUAAUUUCCGGAAGAUACCGUCAAUACGAAAAAGACGAAGAUGGUAAUAUCCGAUGUAUAGAUCAAGCAGAUUCCAACAAUGGAAAUAACUGUUUGGAAUAUUACGAAUCUAACGAACAAGCGCCGAGGCGUGAUAGACGUCGUAAUCAAAGAAGAAUCAAGUACGAAUCGCAACAAAGCGAAGAUGAAUUCGCCGAUUCGGAACGAGAAGAGGAGUACCAGACUAAUUCCGAAGAAAAUGAACAAGUUUCAGGAGAGGAGACUGAUUAUUACGAAGAGGCCAAUAAUUACCGAAAUCCUAGAAGGAAAAGAAAUAAAAAUAAGAAAAGAAAUACUCACCAAUUGAAUAAGACGUACAUCGUGGAAGAACCCGAAGAGGAGGGACCCGAUGAAGAUGAUGAUCGACCUGAAACAGAAAAGGAAGAAGAAUUAAUAGAUGGGGAGGAGUCGUGUUACGAUUAUGACAAUGAAUCGCAGGAACAAACUGCAAAACAAAGUCAAGAGGAAGAAUACGAAGAGGAAAGGUACCGACUCAGAUUCCGAAGGAAAGAUAAUCGCGUAGAAAUACUGCGAACGCAGAAGAUCAUCGAAGAAAUAGAACAAGAAAUGAAGACAGAACAAAGGAAGAAAAUUAAAUCGCUACAGAUUCCAAUGAUCGAAGUAAAUUUCGAGAAAAUAAACGAAAUCGCUUUAAUUGAUACGGGAGCGCAA